AGGGAGGGGUCUUUUGCGCUGGAGUCUCCCUCCUGCCUUUUCAAAGCUUUGCUGUGCUUUUCUGUCCAAACGAAUCAUAUUCCUUGCCUGCCCCUUCUUUUUCUUUUUUUUUCUUUUUGCCACAGCCCCAAUCAUGGCGGCGACGACUGUGUGGCAGCCCCGAGAAGAUGGCCUCGCUGAGAUCUUCACUCUCCUCGAACAACAGAUUUCUCCUUCCUCCGUUGCUGACAAGUCUCAGAUUUGGAAGCAGCUCGAGCACUUCUCUCAGUUCCCUGAUUUCAAUAACUAUCUCGUCUUCAUCCUCGUCCGCGCUGAGGGUAAGUCCAUAGGGCUUCGUCAAGCUGCUGGAUUGCUGCUGAAAAACAAUUUGAAGCGUGUAUGGAUAUCUAUGGUUCAAGAAAACCAAAAAUACAUCAAAUCGGAGCUGCUGCCUUGUCUAGGAGCUGUGGACAGACAUAUUAGGACAACUGUUGGAACCAUCAUCAGUGAAAUUGUUAAUGUAGAGGGGGUUGCUGGAUGGCUCGAGCUUUUGCCAGCUCUUGUCAGUUGUUUAGACAGUAAUGAUCUGAAUCACAUGGAUGGUGCAAUGGAUGCAUUGUCAAAGAUUUGUGAGGAUAUCCCUCAAGUAUUGGAUUCAGAAGUGCCUGGUUUAGCACAACGCCCUAUCAACAUUUUCUUGCCUAGGCUAUAUCAGUUUUUCCAGUCUCCCCAUGCUUCACUGAGGAAGCUUGCCUUGGGUUGUGUGAACCAAUAUGUCAUCAUAAUGCCUGCUGCUUUGUAUAAUUCUAUGGAUAAGUACCUUCAGGGGUUGUUUGUCCUUGCCAAUGAUCCUGUAGCAGAAGUCAGAAAAUUAGUCUGCGCAGCAUUUGUGCAUCUGACGGAAGUCCUCCCCUCGUCAAUAGAGCCACAUCUCAGGAAUGUAAUGGAAUACAUGCUACAAGUCAACAAAGACCCUGAUGAAGAAGUUGCUCUUGAAGCAUGUGAAUUCUGGUCUGCAUACUGUGAUGCGCAGCUACCGACAGAGAACUUAAAAGAGUUUCUGCCACGCCUUAUUCCAGUGUUGCUCUCAAACAUGGCUUAUGCCGAUAACGACGAGUCGCUUUUGGAGGCUGAGGAAGAUGAGUCUCAACCAGACAGAGAUCAGGAUUUGAAACCUCGUUUCCAUACAUCAAGACUUCAUGGAUCAGAGGAUUUUGAUGACGAUGAUGAUGACUCGUUCAACGUGUGGAAUUUAAGAAAGUGCAGUGCAGCAGCUAUUGACGUUCUCUCUAAUGUAUUUGGAGAUGAAAUCCUUCCAGCACUCAUGCCCCUUAUUCAGGCAAAAUUAUCAGCUUCUGGUGAUGAGGCCUGGAAAGAAAGAGAGGCUGCUGUUUUGACCCUCGGGGCUAUUGCUGAAGGCUGCUUUAAUGGUCUUUACCCUCUCUUGUCCGAGAUCGUAGCUUUUCUUCUUCCGCUUUUAGAUGAUAAAUUCCCUCUCAUAAGAAGCAUAUCUUGCUGGACGCUUUCUCGAUUUGGAAAGUAUCUCAUCCAGGAAAUUGGCAAUCCAAAGGGUUACGAGCAGUUUGAGAAAGUUCUUAUGGGUCUUCUCCGCAGACUCUUGGAUUCGAACAAGCGGGUCCAGGAGGCUGCAUGUUCAGCUUUUGCAACUGUUGAAGAGGAUGCUGCUGAAGAGUUAGUCCCACACAUGCAAGUAAUACUGCAGCAUCUAAUGUGCGCCUUUGGAAAGUAUCAGAGGAGGAACUUAAGAAUUGUCUAUGAUGCUAUUGGAACACUGGCAGAUUCGGUUAGAGAAGAUUUGAACAAGGCCUACUCUAUAUUCUUCCUUAUGCAGCCGGCUUAUCUUGAGAUCCUGAUGCCUCCACUGGUCGCAAAGUGGCAACAACUUUCAAACUCAGACAAAGAUCUAUUUCCAUUGCUGGAAUGCUUCACAUCUAUUUCUCAGGCUUUAGGUGUGGGAUUCGCUCCAUUUGCUCAGCCUAUUUUCCAGAGAUGCAUGGAUAUCAUCCAACUACAACACCUCGCUAAGGUUGAUCCUGCUUCUGCUGGGGCCCAGUACGACAGAGAAUUCAUUGUUUGUUCUCUUGAUUUGCUUUCUGGGCUUACUGAAGGGCUUGGUAGUGGGAUAGAGUCUCUGGUUUCACCAAGUAAUCUCAGGGAUCUGCUUCUCAAAUGUUGCAUGGAUGAGGCUUCUGAUGUCAGACAAAGUGCUUUUGCUCUUAUGGGUGAUCUUGCAAGAGUAUUCCCAGCUUACCUACAACCCCGCAUGGUUGAGUUCCUUGAAAUUGCAAGUCAGCAACUGAGCGCAAACCUCAUUAGAGAAAACCUUUCUGUCGCCAAUAAUGCUUGUUGGGCCAUUGGAGAAUUAGCGGUCAAGGUUCGUCAAGAAGUCUCACCGAUUGUGACCAACGUUGUCUCUUCCCUAGGCCUAAUUCUUCAGCAUGGAGAGGCUGUCAAUAAGUCACUAGUCGAAAACAGUGCAAUUACCCUCGGGAGACUAGCAUGGAUUCGUCCAGACCUCGUCGCACCUCACAUGGAGCACUUCAUGAAGCCAUGGUGCUUGGCAUUGUCAACGGUACGUGAUGACAUUGAGAAAGAAGAUGCAUUUAGAGGGUUAUGUGCAGUGGUUAAAGUGAAUCCAUCAGGAGGUGUCAGCUCACUUGUUUUCAUAUGCAUAGCCAUUGCAAGCUGGCAUGAAAUAAGAAGCGAGGACGUCAAAAACGAAGUCUCCCAAGUGCUGAACGGCUAUAAACAGUUGCUGGGAAACUCAUGGGCGGAAUGUUUGUCUGCUUUGGAACCUCCUGUUAAAGAAAGGCUUGCGAGAUACGUUUGAUUAUACACCGGUUUGUCUCAAAUCAGAGAGAUGUGAUCUAUCUUGUUCGUUGCAAACAAAAAGAUUUCACAGAGCUUGAGACACCAUUUUUUUUACAAGAUUUAAUGAAGGGAAAAAGAGUCCCAAGAAAAAGAGAAAAACAGUACAGUCUGUGUAUGUGUGGGGGCUCUUCAGAUAAUUUCUACGUCUGUCUUUUUUCUUUUCUUUUUAUUUACCCUCUUCGAAAACGCGCUCAAGGCGGCCGAUUCCGCGGCGGGGAAACGCUUGGCGGCCUCUUACCGUCCCGAUUUUGGUCUGUGCGGGACAAAACUCGGAUCUAUAAGAAAAAUUAUUAGUUCUUUCAUUUUAAUGUAAAUUUCAGUGUUA